AUGAGGUCACUGAGUCAGAACCCAACAGAACCUGAAUUGCAGGAUCUGAUCAACGAGGUGGAUGCCGACGGUAAUGGCACCAUUGACUUCCCAGAAUUUUUGACUAUGAUGGCUAGAAAAAUGAAAGAUACAGACAGUGAAGAAGAAAUUCGCAAGGCAUCCAGAGUCUUCGACAAGGAUGGCAACAGUCACAUCAGCGCGGCGGAGCUACGUCAUGUCACGGGAGAAAAACUAACAGAUAAAGAAGUAGAUGAAAUGAUCAGAGAAGCAGAUAUUGAUGGAGAUGGGCAAGUCAACUAUGAAGAAUUUGUACAGAUGAUGACUGCCAAAUGAAGGCCUACUUUCAACUCCUUUCCCCCCUUCUAGAAGAAUCAGAUUGAAUCUUUUACUUAGCCUCUUGCAAAAAAAAAAAAAAAAAGUUCAUUUACUCAUUCUGUUUCUAUAUAGCAAAACUGAAUGUCAAAAGUACCUUCUGUCCA